CAGAAUGAGCAAUGGCCGUUAACGUGGUGAUCCCGUUGCUUAUCCCAUUGGAGGAGAACCUUCACAACACGAGUCGUCUUCUGUCUGGUGCUGGUGGUCCACUGCAGUUCUCUGAGCCUCGUUACUGUCUGGUGUUGGCUGAGGAUGCUCCUCCAGGUCUCAGAGUCACCCACGUCUCCGCUGCUCACAAGGAUGGUGUGGCGGUGAGGUACAGCAUCACUGGAGGCAACAGAGAUGGACUCUUCACUAUCGACCAGCGCUCUGGACUCAUCACUCUGGCCGCCCCCCUUGAUUACGAACUCCAGCCCAAGCAUGAGCUGGUGGUGGCAGCUGAGGCAGCAGGUCGCACAGUACACUCCAUCGUACAAGUAACGGUCGCUGAUGUCAACGACAAUCCUCCACACUUCCUGGAGAGCGACAUCCAGGUGACGGUCGUCGAGGAAGAUGACAGACAUCUUCCUGCCACCAUCAUCAAGGUGGAGGCUGCGGACCCGGACAGGGUGGACUCAGCAGGGCUGGUGUACAGUGUUGGUGGUGAUGGUGUGGAUGGUCUCUCCCCCUCUCACGCCUACUUCACUAUCAACCCCCACACAGGUCACCUUCUUCAGCUGAAGGCGCUGGACCGGGACCCGCCGCUGGGCAGAGAGACGUGGAAGGUGAAGGUGCAGGUGAGGGACGGACAGCGAGUGUCUCCCUCCCUGGUAGCUGCUUCCAGAGCCUCCAGGCGACCCAGGCUCACGAACCCUCAACAUCUGCCCCUACACCACAGUGUUCAGGGGCCAUCAUACGGCUCUCAGGACCCCUCACACUCUUCUCAGAGGACCGGGCACGUCCCUCAAAGAUCCUCUCAGGGCCUUCAGGAGCCACCAGCUGGUUCUCCAGCCUCCAGAAGGCUAUGGAUCACACAUCCUCCACAACUUUCCCCAAACAUUUCCCAUGAGUCACCACACGUCAAUUCUGUCACAGCACACAAACAAAAAGCACCACCAGAAGACCAGUUUAUCAUGCCACACAACCCUGAGAAGCCACCAAAACAACAGUCAGUCACAUCGCUCGACCCUCAAAUGUCAGAAGAGAAUCAAUAUGUCUAUUUCUCGGGAUCCCAGUGGACUAGUACAGGCGGAUCAUGUCAUGUCUCAGAAACCCGAAAUCUACCAAAAGAUGAGAUAAACGGAAAAAAUAGCAAAAAGGAAGGGGAGAACAGGGCGACAACAAAACAUCAAAGGAAAAGAGGAAAGUUCAUACAAAAGAGAAGGAGAGCUGGGGAGAGAAAGAGAAAGUUAAGAGACAAGAAUACCCAAACGACAAAGGAAAUAGUAAAUGACAGAAAACGUAAGACAGGAGGCAGUAGGCAAAGCAUCGGUGCUGGGGGCAGGAGGUGGAAAUUAUCGCCUGGACCGGGUCAUGGAUCUCAAGCCAGAGGUCGUAAAGUUAGCCAGCAGUUACCUGGGUCAUGGUGGGGUGGAAGUGAAGACAUAUCUGCUCUUACCAGUGGCUGUGGUAACUUACAUCCAGGAGCCAUCAGCACAACAAACACGUCUACGGGAAGCAAACCUUUGCGGAUAAAAUAUUUCACACAGAGAAAAUAUGAGCAAAAUGCUGUUAAAUGCAGGCGAUUAUCUGCCAGAGGUACGUCAAAACUCACAUCACCAUAUAAUGCAAGAGGCAAACUUAAUGCUGAAAGAAAUCGUCAGCUGAACUUUUAUAGGGGUGUAAUAUAUAGAAGCGAUAACAACUUCAAUCAAACAUUCGCUUACAAGCUAAAACUUCACGUGAAAGGUAAAGGUGAUCACGCUAGCAAGCUUCGUACUGCUCCGAGGAGUCGACACAAUAGAUCGUCGGUAGGUAGAGAAAUUGGUGGUGAGGGAGUGUCAGAAGGACCUUCGGAAGAUCACCGUCUGUUCGCACCAAGUCUUGCAAGCACUACUUCCUUCAGAAGUGAAGGUGACUUGCCAAGUGAUCCACACAGUGUGGGACCGGAGGGAAAAAGAGCAGACAUGCAGCCAACAGUGACGCCCAUUAAUAAACGAGACAUAAGUCGCCGACCACUCAACCAGCUGCAGGAUGAACGACUCUACGUGAAGAGGUUCGGGGCAGAUGGUGGAGGAUGUGAUGAUUACAGCAUCUUCUCUAUGAGUUCGGAGGAGCCGCCGUACCUGCGAGAGAUGAAACGGGAACAGGUACAUGUGGCGGAGACGGUGGUGACGGUAGUAGAAGACAUCAACGACAACGCUCCCGUCUUCCCCAACGCCACCAUCUACGGCGAAGUGCAGGAGAACGGCCCCAUCGACCUGUCCGUGGGCGUGGUGUGGGCGUGGGACGCUGACGACGAGAAGGAAGGCACCAACGCCCCUACUUAUACCAUAGAGAAGAACGUGAUGGAUGAACGUUCAGGUCAAGCUAUCUUCACUAUCAACCCAGAGACUGGACUCGUCCGUACUGCCAUCUGUUGUCUGGACCGCGAGAGUACUCCAGAGUACUUCAUCCAAGUGGUGCUGUGGACGGGGGGCCUCAAGGGUACGGGGACGGUGGUGGUUCGCCUGGCAGACGUCAACGACAACUCACCACGACUGACCCGUGACCUGUGGCAGGUUGAGGUGGAUGAGACCUGGGGUGACGGACCUCCCACCAACCACACUCUCCUUCAGGUCUCCACCGCUGACCACGACACCUCAAACUAUUUCUUCUACCGGGUUGUUGAGUCCAGCGGGUGGGGGUGGCAACACUUCGGGAUGCGAACUGAGGGAGUCAUGGGUCACCUCUUCGCCAACAAGACGCUGGACUACGAAGACGCGGCCCAACGACGAGGCUUCCGCUUCAUGGUGCAGGUCACAGAUAGGGGUCGAGGUGGGUGGAGUGACGCCAGACACACGGACACAGCGUGGGUAGAAGUGUCGCUACGUGACGUGAAUGACAACCCACCUCAGUUCAGCCGCCCACACGCCCACGUCACCGUCAGGGAGGACACCGCCCCUGGCACCCUCCUGGCUUCCCUCCCUGCCACUGAUCCUGACAUGAUGGAGCAGCAAGGCGUGGACUACCGUGUGGUGGGAGGCUGGGGCGCAGUGACUGUAGACGCUGACGGGGGCGUGAGGUUAUGGCGCGCCCUAGACCGUGAAGCUCCGGGCGGGGAGGUGGGCGUGGCGAGGGUGGUGGCUGUGGAUGAAGGCCGCCCAUCCCUCUCCUCCACCGCUACCCUCACCAUCACCCUCACAGAUGUCAACGACUGCCCCCCGCGGCUCCUGCCCCCCACCGUCCUCCACGUGAGGGAGGGCGCCCCCGCCUCCCUCCUGGGUAUCCUCACAGCUACUGACGAUGACGUGUGGGCGCUGGGGCACGGUCCUCCCUUCACCUUCACCCUGGCUCCCUCCAACCCUGCCCACGUCUUCAAUAUUAUCAGUAUCAACUACCAGUCAGGCCUGGACAGUGGUCGAGGAGGGGCCGAGGUAUGGACCACUGGACCACUGGACCGGGAGGAGCACCGCCAACUGACGGCUGAGGUGGAGGUGACAGACGUACAAGGUCUGGCAGCUGCUCAUCCCAUCACUAUCAUCGUUGAUGACAUCAAUGAUAACCCCAUGAGACCAGCCUCCAAGACUGUCUACCUCUGGAAGACACAGGGCGGGGGCGCUGAUGCUGCCCUGGGCAGAGUCUACGUGGAGGACCCUGAUGACUGGGACCUCCAGGAUAAAACUUUUGAGUGGGCUGGACCACCUCACCCGCUCUUCACUCUUCAACCCAACACUGGUGAUAUAUUUGCCUCUACUCAGCUGAGAGAGGGAAGGUAUGAGCUACACUUCCGUGUGUCGGACCGGGUGUGGAACCAGAGGGACGUGGCAGCCAACGUGAGUGUCAUAGUAAGAUACUUGACACCGGAGUCCCUGGCUCACGCAGUUCCAGUCACUCUCACGCCUACCAUACCUGCGUCCCUUACUGCUGGAUGGACGCCACUGCAUGGUGGUGGUGGGCUUGGUAGGCUGACACAAGCUGUGAUUCAAGCUGUGGGGAAGGAAGCUGAAGCUGUGGAGGUCGUCAGUGUGUAUGGCCUCACUGCGCCACAAACUUCUCCCAUCUCAACCUUUCAAAGACCUUUUACACAUGACUUCAGCCUUGCCAGCCAAGCCUCACCCUCUCCAGCUCCCUUUGCGUGUGUGUGGGUCAGCGUGAGGCAAAGCCACGGAGCUUUCAUAGAUCCAAUCAAGUUACAUGGACUGCUGGCUCUCCAUCUGCAAGAUCUUGAGCGUGUAAUGAGCCUGCGUGUGGCUCUGGAAGAUGCGCACACUAUGGAGGAGAGAAAUGGUGAGGCAGCAUCCGGUUCUUCUAUCUUCUCCUCUCAAGAUGAUUCCCCUCACAAUCCUUCUUCAGUGGCGUCUCUGGCGUCAGCAUCACUCCCUCUUCAUGUGGUGGACACUAACACCACGUCACUAGUGACACCGCGUCUGACACGGGGUCAUUACUGUCACACCCACACACACACUGCUGACGACACCUGCACACCAGCAUCCUGCCUCAACGGUGGUCGCUGCGUCAGGACCGACUCCGGCAGCAGGUGUGUGUGUCCAGGAGGGUCGUGGGGACCUCAGUGUAAGGUACUCGCACGGACCUUCUCAGGAUCAGGAUGGGCCUGGGUCCAGCCUCUAGCUCCCUGUCUACCUACCACAGUCUCUCUGCACCUCAUGUCUCGACACCCAAAUGCACUUAUUCUCUACUCUGGACCCCUGUCAUCUUCCUCCUCCCACCCACACUACCCACCUACCCCCAUGCUGGCACUGCAGUUGGUGGGCGGCCAGCCUCAGUUGAUACUAGAAGGUGCCAUGGGACCUGUGAAGCUUCACGUCAACACAACGCUGGAUAGUGCCACUUGGCACACCUUGCACCUGCAUCUCAAUACUCAGGGAGCAACACUUAUGGUGGACCGUUGUGGACGGGGCUGGGGAGACAACAAGACCAGCGACUCCCACUGCGUCGCCAGAGCCCCCUGGCUAGAGAUUCAAGCCACUGAGAACUGGAGCAGCAGUGUGCCGCUCCAGCUAGGAGGUCUGGCUCACACAUACCCUCGGUCAGCAGAGUUUGGUUGGUCAGGAGGACUGGUUACACAGCCACUGAAUGGCUGCAUCUCCCAUCUCACCAUCAAUGGGCAGCUAGUCGACCUGGGUGAGCCAGCUUACAGCAGUGCGAGUGUUCAGGGCUGCACACCUCAACAGUUAGCCUGUGAGAACACUCCUGUUCCCUGCGGUGUUCACGGUCAUUGUGUUGACGGUCUCAUUAGUCCUAGGUGUGAGUGCACACCAGGAUGGACAGGACCUGGGUGUAGCACACCCACCAUACCUGUUGCCCUUGGUCAGUCAUCGUACAGCAAGGUCGAGUUGUCGUACUCCCCUGACCCUUAUUAUGUGACGCUACAACUUCGAGUGAGAACGAGUGGUCGUCCUCAUGGCCUCCUGAUGCAGCUCACUGACACACAACAAACCCAAGCCUUGAAACUACAUCUACGAGGGGGUGUAGCAUGUGCAACAAUUUCUGGAGUGGAGAUAACUCUGCAGGAGGUCUGUUUAGAGAGCUUCUCCGUGGGUGAUGGGUCAUGGCACACUAUAAGAGCAGGUCGUCAUGGACACAACCUGGUCGUCUCAGUGGAUGAUAGUGAUGGCUGGCGACAGAAUGAGACACUGAUGUCUCUCCUCACCACCACCAUCCUGGGAGACAUGCAGGCUGUGGUGACCCAGCCACCCACACCUCUCCUUGUCGACACUCAGGAUGGAACACUUGUGGGUGGCAUCCCACAGUUUGUGGACAAUGAUCUUCUGACAGUGCACGACGAUCUAAGAAACAGUUGUAUUGAUGAUGUCCGGGUAUCAGGUCACUCCCUUCCACUUGCGCCUUCUGUGAAUAGCAGCAGCUGGAGUAAAGUAACUACCCUCCAGAAUAUCGAAUCAGGUUGUUCCGCCCCUGAUUCCUGCACUAACGUUACCUGUCUGCCUCCUCUGGUGUGCCAGGACUCGUGGAGACAUGCAACCUGCAGCUGUGAGGCAGGACACCAGCUGGUGGGUCACAGCUGCCAAGAUGUUGAUGAGUGUGUAUUCCAGCCUUGUCUACAUGGAGGCACCUGCUACAACCUGACACCUGGCUAUCACUGUUUGUGUGGGCCAUCACACACAGGAGAUAACUGUGAAUGGACCAAGCUGCCAGCCCACACGAACCCCCUCACAGCACCUAUGGCCAUAGCUGCUCUUACACUCUCUGUAAUUAUUGUUGUUGCAAUUGGUGUGCUGUUGAAUAUCCGACUGCAGCGGUCCCGUGCAGCGCGGGCCUUGGCUCUGCGUCCAGCAGGCAUCGAGGGUGUGACGGGAGUCUUGGGAUCGCCUAUGGCAGUCCAAGCAGUCAGUGACAACUCCCACAACCAAACAACCAAGGAUGAGAAAGUCUUCAUGGAUUCCCUCAAAACCAAGCCACCCAGCAAACAAAUUAUCCUCUCCCCUGAAGGCACACGACACUUAAUUACUCCAUUAGGACUGUCUAGUGUCGGUGGUGAGGCUGUGAUCAUCAGGGAGGUCAGACAAGGAGUUCUAGGAAGCACUAUCAGAGCUUCCGCAGGGGAAAGUUUAGAGAGUGCAACUAACUCUCGGAGAUGUUCCGUCGCUGCCGUCACUACCACGGCGGAAAGUGUUGUGCUGGAACACAGAGCAAGUGUUCCACAGUUAGUGUGUGCUUCAACAGCUCGCUCUACAGCCACAGUGUGUCCGACGUCGGUGUGUUCAACUACAAUAUGCUCUACAACACCACCAAGACCACGACAGAUCAUCGUAGAUGUUAGUGUAGGCUCUGUGCAAAAUUUACUGGCUCAAGAUGACCUCCGAGCUUAUGCUUACGAGGGAGAUGGCUCACCCUCUGGCUCGCUCUCUUCUACUGUCUUAGGUUUGCGCACUGAGUCACCGGAGGAAGGCAGCCUCAAGCCUCUAGUACCAGAGUGUGGGGAAGUGUUGGACCUCCUCAAGAACCUUCCUGAUGCUGUCAAGACGCUACAUCCCAAUGAUAGUUCUCACACUAGCACUCACAAGCUCUUAACACCCAGAGAUCAAGACACUGGGAUAAGCAUCACCUGAGACUGAAACGUGAAAGACUAUCAACUAGAGAACAAAGUCAAGCAUAUUUCAGAAAUAAAAACACCGGUAUCCAGAAUGCUUGAGUAUCCCUCAAAAGAAUAUUGAUGUACGUGAAGUUCGUGGUACGAAAUCACUUGUCAUUACGCAGCUGAAGCUCGUGCAUAACUCUACAACAAUGUUAUUUAUUAAACCAAGUCCUUUUCUUAACAUUUAUAUUUCCGAUGUGACCUGAUUCAAAAAAAUAAAUUCCAUAAUUUACAAUUAUUUCCGCCAAGAGAAAAGUUAAAUUUACAAAUUUCUCAGACAUUACAGACAAGACAAUGGAAGAAAUUCUUGGCUCGAAUUAUUUUCCUGAUCUUUCAGAAAGAAAACAGAAGCUGGUUGUAGUUUUCUUGUCUUUUCAGAAAUCUUAGUGUGAAUAAUUGGUAUGCAAAUUUUACGUUGAAUAUUCAACUAUUUUGAAAGGUUUAUAAGAUUUAUUCA